CCUGCUCUUAUUGCUCAAGCCGUGACGUUCAGUAACUUGACUCGGACACAGGCGAUUUUACCAUGUGUCCAGUGAGUCCCACACGGCUGUUAUGCAUUUAGGACCGCAUGUUUAUUUAUUAGACAGCAAUCUGAUAAUUCUCUUAAUCGCUAUUUGCCAUGUUCUCCUCAGUGUGAAAGUUAGACCGUCGGCGCUGUAGUCUCUUUCUGCAAAGCCAUUGCGUUAAUGGCCCAUCUCUGUCUCUGAAUGCUGCGGUUAGACUGUACAAGCGGUGCAAUCUUAAGAGCUCCUUGUCUUGGCCUUGAGGGGGCACCAGCAUGAGUCAGGAGUCACUGGAGUCUGAUGGAGACUCUGCUCAGGAUGUUUGUGACUUCAACUGGGAUGACUACCUGGAGGAGACUGGAACUGUGUCUGUGCCCCAUCAUGCCUUCAAACAUGUGGACCAAGGUCUACAGACAGGACUCACUCCAGGCAUGAAGCUGGAGGUGUGCGUGCGUUCGGAGGCAGACAGUCCUUACUGGGUAGCCAACAUCAUCACCACGUGCAGCCAGCUGCUGCUGCUACGUUACGAGGGAUACCAGGAUGACCGGCGUGCGGAUUUCUGGUGUGACAUCAUGACGGCAGACCUCCACCCGCUGGGCUGGAGCCGCCAGAAUGGCAAGACCGUGAGGGCCCCUGAGGGUGUGCGUGAGAAGCACCAGGACUGGGAAGCUCUGCUGGAAAGGGCCCUGGCUGAGGAGUGCAGUGUGCCUGCCAACCUGCUGGAAUUGCCCCAGCGCGGUAGAGACCCAGUGGAGCUCUUGUGCGCAGGCUGCUAUGUGGAGCUCCAGGACAGCGCUGACCCGGGGCUGGCCUGGGCUGCUGAGGUGGAGGAGAAUGUCGGAGGGCGGCUGAAGCUGCGCCUGGUAGGCACAGAGGGCCUCCCCGACACACCCGCAACCGUCUGGCUCUUUUACCUCCACCCACGUCUCCACCCACCUGGCUGGGCCAAAGAGCACGGCUGCACCCUCAGGCCUCCCUCAGAUCUGUUGGCUCUGCGGACAGAGGAAGAGUGGGAGGAGGUGAGACAGAGGAUCAGUGACCUGCCUCAGGAUGAAGCUCUGACUGCAGAGUUCAGUAAGGAUCAGCCUGCAAUUGCUGCUCAUUGUUUCAAGGAAGGGAUGAAACUGGAGGCUGUUGACCCUGCUGCUCCUAUUUCCAUCAGGCCUGCCACUGUCACCAAGGUGUUUAAUGAGCAGUACUUCCUGGUGACGAUGGAUGACCUUUGUGGUAUUGAGGAGUCAGAAGGUGCAGGGCGGUCCUUCCUGUGCCACAGAGACAGUCCAGGGAUCUUCCCUGCUCAAUGGAGCCUCAAAAAUGGACUCCCACUCAGCCCCCCACCAGGAUACCAGGGUCCAGACUUUGACUGGGCAGAUUACCUGAAACAGUGUGAGGCUGAGGCCGCUCCUCAGCAUUGCUUCCCAACUGAGCAGUGUGACCACAGCUUCAAAGAGGCCAUGAAACUGGAGGCUGUCAACCCGCUGUCACCCGAGAACAUUCACGUGGCAACAGUCACCAGGGUCAAAGGGCAAUACAUGUGGCUCAGCCUGGAAGGACUGAAGCAGCCCAUGCCAGAGCUGAUAGUUCAUGUGGACUCCCUUGACAUCUUCCCUGUCAGCUGGUGUGAGACAAAUGGCUACCCACUUGUCUAUCCCAUUAAACCCUCAGUUGAGAAAGAGAGGAGGAUUGCUGUGGUGCAGCCAGAGAAACACAGAACUCCACCAAAGUCUUCAUCACCUGACACUGUUAAGCAGCAGAUGGCCAACCAAUCAGAAACAGGACAGGGGAUUGGGAAAUACUGCUGUCCAAAGAUUUACUUCAACCACCGCUGUUUCUCGGGACCUUACCUUAACAAAGGACGCAUCACUGAGUUGCCGCAGUUCAUUGGCCCGGGAAACUGUGUCCUUGUGCUCAAAGAGGUGUUGACUCUGCUGAUAAACUCAGCAUACAAGCCCAGCCGCGUGCUGAGAGAGCUGCAGCUGGACCAGGAGAGCCGCUGGCAAGGCCAUGGAGAGACACUCAAAGCUAAGUACAAGGGAAAGAGUUACCGAGCCACUGUGGAAAUUGUCCGCACUGCAGAUCGCGUGGCAGACUUCUGCAGGAAAACCUGCAUCAAGCUAGAGUGCUGCCCAAACCUGUUCGGUCCACGCAUGGUUCUGGAGCGCUGCUCUGAGAACUGCUCUGUCCUCACAAAGACCAAAUACACAUAUUACUAUGGUAAGAAGAAGAGUAAACGCGUUGGCCGUCCACCCGGGGGCCACUCCAACCUGGAAGGUGGAGUGAAGAGAAGAGGGAGGAGGAGGAAGAGGAGGAAGCAGCUCUUUGUCCAUAAGAAGAGGCGCUCUUCAGCCUCGGUGGACAACACACCUGCUGGGUCACCACAGGGCAGUGGAGAGGAGGAAGAUUUAGAUGAAGAUGACUCUCUGAGUGAAGACUCUGGCUCAGAGCUGCAGGACGAUCUCCAGGAUGAUUCUGAACAGUCUGUUGGGAAGUCUCAGCCCACCACACCGUCGCCCUCCCCACCAGCGACACCCAGGCCCACACGCCGACGUCGGAAACCUCGCUCACCCUCUUUCUCUGAUGAUGAGAACCGCCCUCCCUCACCAAAGACCUCAAAGACUGAGCCUCCUCAGAAGUUGUGUUUGGACACCAGCCCCCUGGAGUGGAGCGUUACUGAUGUGGUUCGCUUCAUCAGGACCACUGACUGUGCACCUCUUGCAAGGAUUUUCUUGGAUCAGGAGAUCGAUGGACAAGCGCUGCUCCUGCUGAACCUCCCGACAGUCCAGGAAUGCAUGGACCUGAAGCUGGGACCGGCCAUCAAGCUGUGCCAUCACAUCGAGAGGGUCAAGCUGGCAUUUUAUCAGCAGUUUGCAACGUAGCUGACGGGGGAAUGAACAUUGGACAUAAUUACAUCUUGUUCUGUGUAUUAAUCCUGUGAAAACACUGUACUUUCCCAUUUCAACUUUUGUUACACUGGACAUCCUUUAGAAUCCUGCAUAUACUAUGUUGUGUCAGACGAGCAUGGACAUAUUCCUGAUCGUUUGGGGGGGGGGGGCACAGAAGAGGAGAUACAUCGGGUCAAAAACAGUUGAGGUGCUCUUUGGGAAAGCAUAGCGCAGGGGAGGAGUGAAAGAGAAGAAUUCAAGGCAACUCUAUGCCAUAAAUAAAUGUAAAAGUCUAUAUUUAAUCCAGCACAUCAAGACUUAAGUCCAUCAUCACAGACAUGCUUUUAAGCUGAAACAAGACAUUUAAUAAGUAGGCUUUUUUACAUAUUUGUGUCUUCUGAGUGCCUCGGAUUCUCUCUCUCUCUUUUAUUUCCUCUUUCUUUAUGAGGAAGAGUGACAGAGCUACAACUCCACUGGUCCGUUGUGUCCAUUCAUGAUUUCCGGACUCGCUGCCUCUAAAAGGGAAUAGCGCUGAAUAACAACUUUUACUUGUCAUCCUCUGCCCUAGAAUAUCUGGCAUCUACUAUUUAACAUUGGCUGUUGUCUGCUGGAGUCAGAGGUUUGGUUUGAUUCUGGUGAUUUCACACUCAAGUCUAAUUUAUUUGAAACCACAAGUUCUAUAUUUUUAGUAAUAUGAUGUCGCGUUCACUCUGAAGCACUACAAACUGAGUUUUUUUACAGAAUUUGUUUAAAGCUGUUUCUUGAAGUCAUCAUUUGACCCAUUAAUUUAAAAAAGACACAAAUAAUUUUGUGUACACAGAGAAAAUGUCAAGUUGCAUAUAAUUAAUACAGUUUGCAAGUUUCUUGAAAUGCAGAGGUAGUAUUAAACUAGAUAGACAAUGAAUUAGAUUUUAGUGUGAACAACAGACACAACAACAGAUGUAAAAGGGGCCUUCAUCUCGAGAUCAGAUUGCUUUCUUGUUCAAAUAUGAGACCAAUUUUCAGUGCAAGGAUUCUGUAAUGCAAGCACAAGCAAAACCAUGUACUGUUGGGUGGUAUGCAAAUAUGACAGUGCACGUUUGUAUAUAGUGUAUAUAAUCAGAUACUGCAACAGGGUGAUUAGAAAGAAAAUCUAUUGAGCCAAUAACCUAAUACAUAAGCAAUGAGCAAAUGCCCUGAAUAUACCGUAUAUUUGCACAAACUAGGCCCUCUAAACCUUCUCGUAUGGGGAGUAUGAUUAAAACAAAUUCAGCUACAGUUGAUUAUGAGCCAUUUCAUAUCAUUGAAGUCAUUAUUUUUAACGAAUUAACUUAAUAAGUGGGCAGUUUUAAAGAAAAGAUAUUCUCAAAAUGCUUUUGUAAAAAUCAGUUGUUCCUCUUUUUACCCAGUUCCUGUAGUGCGAUUUAUUGUAAUGUGCUUCAUUUUGUGUGUGGAAAAACCUUGUGGGUUUUUGUUUACUCAUUUGCUUGUAGUUACAACAGUACUCAAAGCAAUGGAACAUAUUUUUAUCUCAUGUUUAAAGAUUAUUACUGCUAUUUAAAGAGAACACUGCAAUUAAAAAAAAAAAAAACGGCGAACAACGAA